GCCCCUGAGGGGGCGUGGCUUGCGUGAGGUGGUCUCGGGCGGGGCCGGGACCUCCGUGGGGCGGUCCCGGGGUGGGGGCGGGGCCAGCGCGGGUGGUGUAGACGGCGCGAUGCGGGGCUCCAGCUGUGUGGGCGGCGGUGGCGAGAGCCCAGGCGGCGCCGGCUUGAGCGAGGGCCCCCGCGGCCGAUGGCUGCGACUUGCCCCGGUCUGCGCCUACUUCCUGUGUGUGUCCUUGGCCGCCGUGCUGCUCGCCGUGUACUACGGGCUUAUCUGGGUACCCACGCGGCCGCCCGCGGGCCCCGCAGACCCCCUGCCCAGUGAGCCGGCCGCUCCUUGUGCCCGUGUAGCGCCACCCGCCCCACCUCCUGCCGCCUCCUGCUUGCUUGGAGCCUCCGGUGGGCCGAGGCCACAGCCGGGACUGCCACGGAGCCGUCGCCACAGCCACCGCCCAGCACCGGGAGCGACACCGGAGACCGCGCGCCGAGCGCCUGGAUAGCCUGGCCCGCCCCCAUUGUGGCCUGCACCAGCUCCGUCUGCACCUCUGGGCCUCGCCUGUGCUGUGCGCGCCUCCUCUCCCCUGGCCGCGGUCCUGAUCCUGCCCGACUUCAUCACACCCCGCUCCUCCCCGGGGCUCAGCGUUCAUCCGCAAUAAACUCCAGCCUCAGCUGCGCUUCCCUGGUCUGUGGUCGUCUGCAGCGCGGGCUGGUCCCCUCUAACCCUGUGGCCUGGCGGCCUUACAGGCUUUUCUCUUCCUUUGCUCUCAUGUAAAUUUUGGGUUGGAACGGGGAAAAGCGGCUUGGCAGUUUCGGGGCCAUUGAAGGUCAGAGACUGUGAGGGCCUUAUCAGUUUUCCGGGUGUCUCGAGCCCUUGCAUAGCGUCGGAGACAAUCCUGUGUGCUGGGAACUGCUGUUGGUAUAGUUUACAGUAGCAAGGAUAGAGGCCAUCACCUGUGCUCUCAUGCCCUGGCCAGGGAUGCUGUAGCUUUUUCCUGGGGUCUGAGAGAUGAACCCAGAGUUUGGGUGACGACAAGACACCAUUUGCUGCUUUGCAAAGUGUGUGGGUACAACCUCUGGUCUGCGCUGCUGUCGGUACUGUGGCUGAGAAGCUGGUAUAGCUUUUGAUAAGGAAGUCAGGCGAUUGAGUCCGUUUUCCCCUUACCCGUGACUGCGGCCUGGCCCUAGGCAGGCCUGAGUUACCCUGCUGCGAGAAGAGGCUCUCCUGUCUGGCCUGCCUUCCCUCUGAGCUGGACAGCAUCCUAGGAAGGGAGCCUCGUGUCCACGGGAGUGUGUCAUCUACCCUGCUGGCUCCCUUCUGUCCCACCAGCAUUCCCCACAGGAUGAUGCACAGCCAUGUACUUAACCUCUCUGGUCUUGUGAAACGAAUUAAACUAGUGAUCCAAACCUGAAAA